AUUGAACAGUUUGCAGAGACCCUGAAUGGCUGGGUUACAACAGAUGAUGCUUUGCAAGAACUUGUAGAACUCAUCUAUCAACAGGCCACAUCUAUCCCAAAUUUCUCUUACAUGGGAGCUCGCCUCUGUAAUUACCUGUCCCAUCAUCUGACAAUUAGCCCACAGAGUGGCAACUUUCACCAGUUGCUGCUUCAAAGAUGUCUAACUGAAUAUGAAGUUAAAGAUCAAGCUGCAAAAGGGGACGAAGUGACUCGGAAACUAUUCCACGCGUUUGUCCUCUUCCUGGGAGAACAUUACCUUAACCUGGAGAUCAAGGGAACAAAUGGACAGGUUACAAGAGCAGAUAUUCUUCAGGUUGGUCUUCAGGAGUUGCUGAAUGCCCUCUUUUCUAAUCCUAUGGAUGACAACUUAAUUUGUGUGGUAAAAUUACUGAAGUUGACAGGGUCAGUUUUGGAAGAUGCCUGGAAGGAGAAAGGAAAGAAUGAUAUGGAAGAAAUUAUUCAGAGAAUUGAAAAUGUUGUCGUAGAUGCAAAUUGCAGCAGAGAUGUGAAACAGAUGCUCUUGAAGCUUGUAGAACUCCCGUCAAGUAACUGGGGUAGAGUCCAUGCAACUUCAACAUACAGAGAAGCAACACCGGAAAAUGAUCCUAACUAUUUUAUGAAUGAACCAACAUUUUAUACCUCUGAUGGUGUUCCUUUCACCGCGGCUGAUCCAGAUUACCAAGAGAAAUAUCAAGAGUUACUUGAAAGAGAAGACUUUUUUCCAGAUUAUGAAGAAAAUGGGACAGAUUUAUCAGGGGCUGGUGGUCCAUACUUGGAUGAUAUUGAUGAUGAGAUGGACCCAGAGAUAGAAGAAGCUUAUGAAAAGUUUUGUUUGGAAUCAGAGCGUAAGCGAAAACAGUAUAGCUAAAUUUCAGCGUAUCAGUUUUAUAAAGCAGUUUAGGUUAUGGUGAUUUAGCAGAACACAGGAAAACAGGA